AUGGCAAUCAAAGAAGAAGAAACUCAACAAGAAAGAUUCAGUAACAAACGCAGCAUACUCAUUCGGGAAGACCUCGAAUAUUCCGCCCAAAAAUUAUUUACUUAUUCAGUUAUCGGAUUAACCGCUAUCGCGGUCUAUGCCACGGGUAAAUUAGCCAUGUUCGCAAUCGGAUUAGCCGCAGGCUAUUUUUUAUACCAAACAGGAAUGUUACAAAAAGUAACUGGUAAAAUAUUUAGUAAAAAGCCAAAAAAAACCGAUGAAGAAGAAAAAAAUUCUGGUUCGGAAUCAUCUCCGCCAGAAAGCAGCCUUAAUCAAUCAGAUUUAGACCCCGUGGCCAAAUUUCAGCAAAGACAAUCAAAAACUCAACAAUUAAAUCAUGGUGAAUCAAAUAACUCAGCAGAUUACUUACCUGAUUUCAAAGGAGCGCUAAAAGGUUUUUAUGAGGAAAAUAUCAAAACUACUCUGGAAACUAAAACGGCUUAUUAUGAGAAUUUGCUAAAAGAAAAUUUGGCUUUUAGUCAAAGAACGCAAAAAAUAGCCAUUGCCUUAGGACCUUGUAGGAGAAAUACAUUUAACAAAGAAAAUAUGAAAAGUAAAACCAAAAAAUCUAAAAAUCAAAUAAUUACAGUUCCCACUCAGGGAACAACUACUAAAAUUUUAAAAAAGCCCCGCACGGCCAAAAGUAAAUCCACUAAACUCCUUAAAGUUCGCACUCCUAUUUCUAAGGAAAAAACUUGUGCUUAUUAUGAUUGCAUGGUCAACCUGGUAUCCCAGCCGGAAAAUGACCGAAUAAAAAUUACGGAGUUAACCCGCAAAUGUAAAUGUAGCAAAGAGGAGGUGGCCCGGACAAAAGCCGAAUUAAAGCACAAAUUAAUCCAUGAAUUAGCCCGAGAUUAUAAGAACAUUGGGGAGAAUUUAGGCCGUUUAGCCAUUUUUGCGGGAUAUACGGUUCAUUUGAGAUUAAGACAGAUGGUUUUAGAGAAAAAGAACGGCAAGGAGCAGAAACAGAUUGACGAUUUGAAAAAAGAAGUUGAAGAAUUAAAAAAUAAAGAUGGAAAUACGAAAUAUUAA